UUUCAGUGGGAGCGCACGAGAUGCUCCGCAGCGCACUGUGAACAUCAUCACGCCCAGAGCGGCUCCGCGGACCAGCGCCAAACUAAACUUCUAUUUACAAUAAUCAUAACAAAAAAAUAUAAAAAUAUUCGUAUUGUCGCACAAAAAGUUAAUUUGCUAAACAAAUAUCCGAGACAGAACGGUAAUCAUGGAUGUAGAUGUGUCUUUAAUCCUGCCUGCAAUUUUGUUCACGCUUCUCGCUAUUAUUGUAGGAUCCUCGUUUUUCGUAAAGAAACCAAAAGCGUCCAAAAAGAAGAAGGGAGAUGACGCUGCAGCGGGGCGCACUGAGAGAGUAGAGGAGCAUUUCCAGCCUAAAGUGGUAGUACCUGAAGUGGCGCCUGUUGUAGCCCACAAAGAGGAGACAAAGGCGGAGGAGGUGGUCGUCGAGGAAAAGGUGGAGAAAGAAGAAGAACCCGAAGUGGUGCCCGUGGUGCCCGUGGCCCCGGUGGUUGAAGAGAUUGGAGUCGUAGAAGAGCAACCCGUGGCGGAGUCUGAAAUCCCCCCAGCACAACAGGAGACGGAGAAAACAGAAGUCCAGGAACCAGAACAAGAACCAGAACCAGAACCACAGCCAGAACCAGAGCCUGAACCUGCCCCUAAACCAGUCGUAGAGGAGGAGCCUAUCCCCGAACUCAUCCCUGGAUCCAUCCCAGAGGAGGUCAUCCCCGAAACCCUGGCUGAACCCGAACUUGUUCCCAUUGCAGAGCCCGUUGCAGAGAAGGAGCCCCUAGCUGAGCUGGACCACAAUGAUGUAAAAGCCAGCGUGGAGGAAGACUUGUCCCUGAAGUAUGCCCCUGGGAAGAAGAGGACCAGCCAGUUUGAAGAGAUGAUGACCAAGGAGGAGCUGGAGGAGGAGCAGAGAAUGGAGGAGUAGGCUGAGCGAGAGGGGGGCCCCCCCGGCUCUGUGGAAGACGAACCCUGCUAAGAAGACCCUUGCCCAAGAAGCACCGAUUCUGUCGACUGUCCGGUGACUGUACUGUCGUUUGGAAAAAAAUAAAUGUUGCUUUUUUUUGGUCUUUUUCUUUCCUUUUUGUUUUUUGGUGGCCUGGAAAUAAAGGCCCCUUUUCACACUUCAGCCAGCGAAGUCUCGCGCUAGAUACCACAGAGUGCCUUAAUAUUGUUAUAUCUCCCUUCUUCUGUGUGUCAUUAUACUGCUGGCUUCUUUCCCCACCUCUCCCGACCUGAGGAGAGAGCUCUGCCACUCUGUCCUUUAAAAAUUCUAAUGAGAGGGCACAGGGACAGCAUUUCACUUGAGCCUUGAACCAUGACAAAGUCCAAGAUGUCUUCAGUAUAACCUUUGAAGGAAGGUACUCUCUACUCUGCCUUCUGUGUGAGUGCUGGCCGCUGUGUUUGUAAAUACGUGUCACCGCACUAAGCCAGGCUGCAGUCCCCUUUUCUCAUAACCCCUCCGACAGGUUGCACUGGCGAAAGGGAAAGCCGCUCCUUAGUGCCCUGACAGCGUGUCCCUCGCUCUCUUGGACUUUCCAACCAACACGGUAGAAUGACAUGACAAAGUGAUUCAA